GGCGUCACCGUCUCCAAGGAGUGGUCCGGGGCACCGGUUUCAAAGUCGCAGGGCGGGCCGAGUGGACUUCCGCUGCUGGCCUGGGGCUUCCCAGCCGUCUUGGCGUCGUCCCCUCCAACCCCCUCCGCUCCGCGUAGAACGCCGCUCGCAGGCUGCCCUCCAGCUCCCUCGGCCCUCUCCUAGGUGGCGCGACAGGACCCCGAGUGACCUGCGGGACGCCUGUAUCGACCGCUUCCUCCUCCCACCAGGGUGGGAUUCGGUUGAAUGUGGAACAGAAUUCACUGGCGCGUCCCUAGCAGUCUUCUGUCUCUCGCGCCCGGGCCAGGGACUCUUCGGGUACGCGGGGGAAGGAAGCGUGGCGGGGCUGUAGAUGCCGCGUGAGUAGGAUGCAGAUUGCACCGCUGGAGCGCUUGACAACCAACCGAGCGUUGGCUUAGUUUUGUUUUCCCGCACUGCGAGCUCUCUGCCUUUCAGAGGAACGUAGAGAUGGUGAAAGCUCCAAACUAAAAUUGUAUCGAAAUGGCCACAGAAAUCGACUCUCUGAAAGAGCAAAAUCAAAGACUAGAUGAAGAUUUUAGGUGGUAUCAAAUGGGAAAUUUUUCCAAAUAUUCAUCUGUACAGAAAGCUGUCUGCAAAGGAGAAGGAGGCGACAGAUUUGAAAACCUAGCAUUUGACCAAAGGUUUUUAGCUCCUCUUAUUACUGAGUAUGAUAAGCAUCUAGAAGAACUAAAUGGGCAGCUGAAAUAUUAUCAGAAACAGGUGGGUGAGAUGAAACUACAACUUGAAAAUGUCAUCAAGGAAAAUGAAAGGUUGCACAGUGAAUUAAAAGAUGCUGUUAAAAAACAAUUGGAGGCCUUUCCUCCAGGCACAGUGAUAGGAACUGAUAUAUAUGCAGAUGAUGAAACAGUCAGAAACCUUCAAGAACAAUUGCAACUAGCCAAUGAAGAAAAAACUCAGGCUGUGGAACUCUGGCAAACUGUUUCUCAGGAGAUGGACAGACUACACAAGCUUUACCAGGAACAUAUGACUGAGGCCCAAAUACAUGUAUUUGAAAGUCAAAAACAAAAGCAUCAGCUAUUCGAUUUUCAACAACUGACCAAGCGACUUCAUGUUACUAAUGAGAACAUGGAAGUGACUAACCAACAGUUUCUGAAGACAGUAUCUGAACAAAGUGUGAUAAUCGAACAACUCCGAAAAAAACUUAGACAAGCCAAAUUAGAUCUAAGAGUUGCUGUAGCAAAAGUUGAAGAGUUAACUAAUGUGACUGAAGAUCUGCAGGGACAGAUGAAAAAGAAGGAGGAGGAUGUGAUGUCUGCCAGAGGAAGAGAGGAAGCAUCAGAUAGGCGCUUACAGCAGUUACAGUCUAGUAUAAAACAAUUAGAAAUAAGAUUAUGUGUGACAAUCCAAGAAGCCAACCAGUUAAGAACAGAAAAAACACGUCUGGAAAAACAGACCAGAGAGCUACAAGCAAAGUGCAAUGAAUUAGAAAAUGAGAAAUAUGAGGCAAUUAUAAGAGCCAGAAAUAGCAUGCAACUCUUAGAAGAAGCUAACCUUCAAAAAAGUCAGGCUCUACUUGAGGAGAAGCAAAAAGAAGAAAACAUAGAGAAAAUGAAAGAGACAGUUUCUCGGUUUGUACAAGAUGCUACCAUAAGAACCAAGAAAGAAGUUGCAAACAGAAAAAAACAAUAUAAUAUACAAAUUUCUCGAUUAACAGAAGAACUUACAGCCCUUCAAAUGGAGUGUACUGAAAAACAAGGCCAAAUCGAACGAGUCAUUAAGGAAAAAAAAGCAGUGGAAGAAGAACUAGAAAAGAUUUACCGUGAAGGCAGAGGAAACGAAAGUGAUUACAGAAAACUAGAAGAAAUGCACCAAAGAUUCCUGGUUGCAGAGCGUUCAAAAGAUGAUCUUCAGCUAAGACUUACGAGAGCAGAAAAUAGAAUAAAACAACUUGAAAUUGACUCCUCAGAAGAAAUAUCACGUUACCAAGAAAUGAUUCAGAAACUGCAAAAUGUAUUGGAGUCUGAGAGAGAGAACUGUGGACUUGUCAGUGAACAAAGGCUAAAACUUCAGGAAGAAAAUAAACAGUUACGGAAAGAGACUGAGAGUUUAAGGAAGAUUGCCCGGGAGGCUCAAAGAAAAGCCAAAUUAAAGAUCAGUACAAUGGAACAUGAAUUUUCAAUUAAGGAACGUGGGUUUGAAGUUCAAUUAAGAGAAAUGGAAGACAGCAAUAGAAAUUCUGUUGUUGAACUGAGGCAUCUCCUAGCGACUCAACAGAAGGCGGCCAAUAGAUGGAAAGAAGAAACGAAGAAACUUACUGAAAGUGCAGAAAUUAGAAUCAAUAAUCUGAAGAGUGAGCUGAGUCGACAGAAACUUCAUACCCAAGAGCUGCUUUCUCAGCUGGAAAUAGCAAAUGAAAAGGUAGUUGAGAAUGAAAAGCUAAUUCUAGAGCAUCAAGAAAAAGCCAACAGACUUCAAAGGCGUCUAACUCAGGCAGAAGAGAGAGCUGCUUCAGCUUCCCAGCAGCUCAGUGUGAUUACAGUGCAGAGAAGAAAAGCAGCCUCCCUGAUGAAUCUGGAAAAUAUUUAAAAAUAUUCAUAGUUAACUCACAGAACUCUAGAGUUGGGAAAGCACUUGGACUAGAAGUGUAUUGAAAUGGUAAAGCCUGCAGAGUAUAGUGAAGGCUUGUGUUGUUUUGCAUAAGCAUUGUUGUUCUGUUUUGAGGGUUAUGGGAAAACAGAGCAGUGACCACUUCCUGUAAGUAAAGAAAAUAUAAUCCUAUAUUGAUCUUCAGUGGAGAAUAAACCAGCUGAGAAGAACUCAUUGCCUUCAUCAACGUGUCUGUUUUUUAAUUCCUCCUUUUUCCCCUGAAAGGACAUAAUAAUUUUCAAACUAUGCAAAUUUCUCUUUCAUAAGAAAGAGUUUUUAAGAAAAUUCUAGAACUUAAUAUUUUAGUUUUCAAGAUUUGAAAAUUUUACAUCUAAUUGUAACUCCUAACUCAUUUUUAAAGUCCCUAAGUAUCCACUUUAUUAUAAACUCAUAAACAUAAAUAAAUUGUGCACUUUCUAAAA